AUGAAGAUAACUUGGAACACCCCAUUCUCAUCCUUAUUCAAACAGAAGUUUGGUAAGUUCAAUAUCCAAUUGGAACAAGAUAUUAGAAAGAAGUUGGACUCCCUUUCCACGGUAACUAAAAUCUACACAAACCCAGAUGGAACCCCAAGAGUGCCAAGCGACCUGGAAUUCAAAACCAUCGCUGAUAUUCAAAACUUAUAUUACAAGAGAAACCAUUCUGCAUGGAACUUGUUGUUACCAGGAAUUCCAAAGGAACAAUUGGAUUUAUAUAAAGAUAACACCCAAGACUUGAAGAACUUUCAAUUUGUUACCAAGGAUGCUGGUAAGAUUAUCGAUAAGGUGCCAUACAAGGACGAAACCACCGGAGAAUUAAAAUGGAAGAUCAUUAGAGAAACCGAAAAGGCUGAAGGGUGGGAAUUCCCAUUCUACUACUUUGUAUUACCUGUGUUCUUCUACGUGUGUUACGCCAAGUACACCGCUCACUUCUACGACAGAGAACACUACGGUCCAGACUGGGCAGAAAAGGAAUUAAGAUUGAGAGCCAUGGAAGACUACUUCAAGGGAGACACUGAAAAGGCCAAGCAAUUCUUGAGCAACGAGGGUAAGUCAGAAAGAGAAAUUAGAGAUAGAGACGACUUGGUUGUCGCUAGAAUCUUGGGUGGUGACUACGACAAGUUAUCUCAAUUGAAGAAGAAGUUGCCUGCUGACUUAAUCAAGAAGGAAGAGAAGAACAAGUAUCUUAACAUCUAA